AUGGGUGCAUACCUUCCUUCACCAAAAACUGACAAACAUACAAUUAAAGGUCAAAAUGAGCGAGUCAGGUAACUUUAAUACAGUUUUGCUGCAUCAGAAAUGCAAGGAUGGAGAAUAAGCAUGGAAGAUGCACAAAUUACAGAAGUUAAUCUGGGCCCAGAUGCAAUGCUUUUUGGCGUUUUUGAUGGGCAUGGAGGUAAAGAAGUUGCCAAAUUUGUAGAGCGUCAUUUCCGCCAAGAGCUUUUAGCAAAUCGUAAUUAUCAAACAAAUCGUUUUGAAGUCGCUUUACAAGAAACUUACCUCAAAAUGGACCAACUUCUAACUACUAGCUCCCCAUCCAUGAGCAAAAAAAGUUUUUAAUAAAUAAAAUUUUAUGAAAAAUAUAUUGAUAUAUGAAAUCUCUAGCGAAUCUGUUGAGUUGUAAACAGUUCUAAAGCAUAAAUUUACAUAUUAAAUUAAUGUUUUAUUCCCAAUUUUUGAGAGUUGGGACUUUGAAAAAAUUCAACAUAAAAUUUAUAUAUACAUUUGUUAAAAAAUUAACCCCGAUAGAGAUUAAAAUUUACUCGCACACAAAGGGGAGUAAAGAAGGCCAGCGUGAAUUAGUAAGACUGCAACGCGACCUUCCUGAAGACUAUCAAGUUGUCGUUGAUGACGCAGACUCACUAGCAGGCUGCACAUCAGUGGUAGCUUUAAUUAAGGGCAACAAGUUAUAUGUUGCGAACGUAGGAGAUUCCAGAUGUGUAUUAGCUAAAGCAGGAAGGGCUAUUGAAAUGUCACAAGAUCAUAAGCCUGACAACCAGAUCGAAAAAGAUAGGAUUACAAGGGCAGGGGGCAAUGUAGAAGAUGGAAGAGUUAUGGGAAAUAUAAAUUUAAGCAGAGCGAUUGGGGAUUUAGAGUAUAAAAAAAAUGCAGAACUGGCUCCUGAAGAGCAGAUGGUAACAGCUUUUCCUGAUAUUAAAGUCGAAGAGCUUACACCUGAGUGUGAUUUCAUUGUGUUGGCAUGUGAUGGGAUUUGGGAUAUUUUAACUUGCCAACAGUGUGUUGAGAUUUGUUAUAAAAAUAUUGCAGAAGGUAUGGACUUAGGAGAUGUAGUUGAAAAGGUCAUUGACAGAUGUCUUGCGCCAGAUGUUGAAAACACUGGCGGCUUGGGCUGCGAUAACAUGACUAUGAUAUUAGUUAAGUUUAAUCAUUAA